GCAGUGACUGUGAAAAGAGAGAGAGAGAGGGAGAGAGAGAGAGAACUGCUGUCUUUUCACCAUGGGAGUUUGUCAUGCUGUGUUCAUCCUCUGCAUUCUUCUGCACACAGUCUGGGCCCAGAGUCCGGUUCUGUCCAUAGAGCCCCGCGGGGCAGCUGUCCGACAGGGAGAGUCUGCCAGUUUCCGGUGCCGGGUGGUGAGCGGAUCCCAGCCCGUCCAGCUGGAGUGGAAGAAAACCAAUAACCAGCCACUGGGAGAUAAUGUUAAAGUUGGCCCUGAUGGAUCAGUACUCACCAUUGCCAAUGUACGUCCUGCGAACCAGGGAGCAUAUCGCUGCAUAGCAACCAACGCGCAUGGCAAAGCUACCAUCACAGCUUCACUGACCAUCAAACAGUCUCCAAAGGUGCGUGUGACUCCGGCCAGCCCUGUGCAGGUCAGAGUGGGCGGGACAGUGUCCUUGGAGUGCCACGCUUCAGGGAAACCCCGCCCCUCGAUCCAAUGGUACAAACAGGAAGGAGGGAGUGAGAGGUCUCUUGUUGCCACAGCAACUACUGACACGACUGCUACUCUGAAGGUGGUGGUCACAAGACAAGGGGAGGCGGGGACCUAUGUGUGUCGUGCGCAGAACAGGGAGGGCACAGACGAGGGGAAGGUGGAGCUAAUGGUGGAGGGCGGGGCUUCCGUCGGCACGGCUCCCAGGGCCUCGGUUUCCACGACAGAUCUCACAGCUGUGGAGGGACAGGCAGUCACUAUGCACUGCCAAGCAACUGGGUCCCCCACUCCUGUUCUCUCCUGGUCGAAGCUGCGUGCUCCAUUGCCAUGGAAGCACAAGGUGUCUGGAGGAACUCUGACCUUGACUAAUGUGGGCAGACAAGACUCAGGACAGUACAUCUGCAAUGCCACAAACAGUGCUGGCUACAGUGAAGCCUACGUGCAGCUGGAGGUGGAUUCCCCGCCCUAUGCCACCAUUCUUCAGGAUCAAGUGAUUGCGCGCAAAGGAGAUUCUCUCCGGCUGCAGUGCCUGGCCCACGGUUCUCACCCGAUCCAGUUCAGAUGGACCAGAGUCAGCGGGGGCUCAAUGUCCGCAGGGGCCACCACCACCAAGGAUGGCUUGCUUGUGAUUGGUCAGCUGAAGGUGACUGACAGCGGAACUUACAAAUGCGCGACCAGCAACCACGUGGGGAGCAGCGAAGCGACGGCCAAAGUCGUAGUGAGAGCGUAACGGAGCGCGCUGAGCCCAUGCCUAAGUGUGGUUCACUGCUGAUGACACGUGAAGAGAAACUCAACAGUCUGUUUGUGAUCACACGCUUCUGAUUAUCUUUAGGUAUUCACGACCAGGGCAGCAUUACCCGUUCUUUUAUACAACAAACAAACAAACACACACACAGAGAGAGUCAAACAAACAAUGAUAACAACAGGAGGGUGACAAGUGAGCAGUUGCCGCGGCAACAGGGUUGUCUAAAUGUGUGGUCAUGUGUGAGAGUUGGCUCCAGAGCCGAGAGCCUCUGGGUGAAACAUAAAAACAAACAAACAAAAAAUCAAUAAAUGACAUUUUACACCUA